CCAUCAGACCCGAGUGCUUUGAACGAGCGGUGGUGAGACGAACAGAUCACAAGUAUUUCGAGCAAGAAAUGCACAACCAUCUGCUACGUGAAGCUGUGCGCAACCAGCACUUCCAGCUCUUCAGUGCUCAGUCAGCACUGUCGGAACUCGCGUACUCGAUACAACAGGAUCAGUGCCCCAUCAACACCUUCAUCCAUCUCGGCUGUGAUAUCCAGCAACGCCGCUCAGUGUUGGAAAGUAUGAAGACUCAAAAACUACGAGAUGCCAAGCAGCUCAUGGACAAACGCAUACAAUUUUUGAGAGACCCAGCCGAGCAACGUCGCGAGACCGCCCAGUUCCCUACAGACUCGGGAUCUCUUUGCUCGGUGGUGUUUGACGUGACUCCACUUGACUCCGGAGUGGAAGUCAAGGACAUUGAACACGCCUAUCGAGCUGCUUGUGCAUACUCCAAGCGUAUGGGCACGAUGGUGCCUCCCUACACUGGCGAUGACUCGGGUGUAGUGCACAGUCGCCUCCAAGUGGACACAUCGCCGGAUCUGCCCACGGAAUCGAAUUUUGUGGUUUUUUCGGAACUGCAAGUUCCGAAUUUCGGAUCACAGUCCGAACCCAGUGAAGAGCGACAUAGUGAACCUCUUGGGUUGCUGGUAAUUGACUCAGUGGAUGAAGACGAGUUGCAUCCCUUUCGACCGGAUGAAUUCUUGAGAGAAGAUGUCAACGCAGUGAUCACGAUUUCGAGAGGAUCUCGUCGUAAUCAUAGCGGGACUCAAGGCAACGACAAACGCGUACCGUGUCUCGUAAUGACCCGCUGGGUGUUGCUAACAUUGCGACCGGAUCAAAAUGGGGUCGCCUCGACGAAUGCAAUGGAUUUCCUGCUUCAGACGUCCAUCAAUAUGGGCAACGAUAUGCUUCACGCUAUCCAAGAAGCAGCAUCGUCAAAAUGUGUCAACCAUAAACCCUGGAACAUCACGCGUUGUUCCGAAGGAUCAAAGUAGGAUUAGUAGAAAAAUUGUAAUUUGCGCAAGUAGUGUCAUAUUCCAGUCCAUCUUGGAGUCGAAUGGUUAAUAUCUUCUGAUCGGAGGGAGACCUCCAAAUGAGGGCGGCGGUGCUACUGGGAGUAUCGCCAUCGGUGGU